CUCUGUGUGUCCUCCCUAACAGAGAGAGCGACUCUGUGUCUCAGUCUCAUGUAUAAUCACACAGACUAACAGAGAUUCAGAUACACUGUAGUACUCCACUGUAGUACUCCACUGUACUGUACGUGUUUGUGUGGACUCUUUGUUGAGGGAACUCUCAGGAAUCAUGGUCCGUGUUGCUGCCCUCGUCGCUCUGAUGUGCUCUUGUGUGGUGCUGUCCGACGCCCUACAUGAGGCUGGUAUCUGUGCUUUCUAUGAAGAGUGUGCAAAGAACCCUCUAGUCGAAGGAUCCCUCCUCCCUGUCAAAGUUCCCUGUGUUGACUACAAUCCAGCCCGCGCGGUCAGAGGAAAAGACUACAAGAAACUGGCCAGGGUGUGUCCCAUGCUGGACCGCGGUGAGAACCACACCUUCGCCUGCUGCUCCAGUAAACAGCUGACGUCCUUGGAGGCCAGCUUGGCGCUGUCCAAAGUCGUGCUGCUCCGCUGUCCAUCCUGCGCCGACAACUUUGCCCACCUGCACUGCAUCAACACCUGCAGCCCAAACCAAAGCCAGACGGUCAAAAUCUUAAAGGUCAUGAAUGUCACUGAGCUGAACAAGACCAUUGAGGUCGUCGUGGGUUACCAGGCGUUUCUCAGCACCGCCUUUGCAGAGGGUUCCUUCCAGUCGUGUAAAAAUGUCAGGAUCCCUGCGACGGGAGGCUUUGCCAUCUCUGCCAUGUGCGGCCGCUAUGGAGCAAAACUCUGCAACGCCCAGCGCUGGUUCGACUUCCAGGGAGAUUCCAGUAACGGGCUGGCUCCUCUGGACAUCGACUUCACGCUGGUGAAAGAGGGCGACACCCAGGGUUUACCGAAGGGCGUCAUCCCCUACAAUGGACGAGCUCUUAUGUGCAACGAGACCACGCCGUCAGGAGGUCAAGCCUGCUCCUGCCAAGACUGCGAAGAGUCAUGUCCAAGUAUGCCUCCCCCUCCGCCGCCCGCCGCCCCCUUCAUACUGUUGGGGAUGGAUGGCUUCCUCCUUGUGGCUAUUAUCCUACUUUGUCUCCUAAUAUUUAUCUUCCUGCUUCAGCUCUGCAUCUCAAGCUUUUUGAAGUCCAAGAAAAGAAAGGACGAAGAGAAAGGGAAAAGAAAGAGCAAAAGCAAAGACCAGAACAGUAAUGAUGUGACUCGAAUGGUUGUGGAACCUUCAGACGUGACCUGCGCUGACAGGAACAGUCUGGCAGCUCAAGCUUUCCUCAGCUUGAUGUUUAAGAAAUGGGGAACGGUCAUGGCCAGUUAUCCGCUCACUGUGCUGCUGUUGUCAGCCGUGGUCGUGGCGGUUUUCAGCGCCGGUCUCAAAGACAUCCAACUCACCACAGACCCGGUGGAGCUUUGGUCUGCUCCCAACAGCCGCGCUCGCCAGGAGAAGGACUUCCACGACAAAAGCUUUGGCCCCUUCUUCAGGACAAACCAGAUUAUCUUCACGGCACCAAACAGAAAAGGCCACAUUUAUGAUUCUCUGCUGUUUGGGCCACAGAACUUCAGCGGGAUUUUGUCCAAAGACCUCAUCAUCCAGCUUCUGCAGCUCCAGACACGAAUACAGAACAUUGAGUUCUGGUCCGAGGAUCUGAACCGAACAGCGACUCUGAAGGACGUCUGCUUUGCACCUCUCAACCCGUCCAACCCGUCCCUGACAGACUGUGCAGUCAACAGUUUACCUCAAUAUUUCCAGAACAGCUUGGACAACAUCAACGCCAAGGUGAACAUGACAGAGCUGGGAGUGACCAAAGAGGUGGACUGGAGAGAUCAUCUGUUCUACUGCUUAAACUCUCCUCUGUCCUUCAAAGACAUCACAGACUUAGACAUGAGCUGCAUGGCUGACUAUGGAGCUCCGGUCUUCCCUUUUCUAGCUGUGGGAGGUUAUGAGAAUGAAGAUUACACAAAAGCCGAGGCCUUAAUCGUAACCUUCUCCCUCAACAACUUCCCUCGCAGCGACCCCAAAUUUAAAGUGGCAAUGCUGUGGGAGAAAGAGUUCCUCAAAAUCGUCCAAGAGUUCCAGAAAAGUCCAGAGAACAGCUUCACCUUUGCUUACAUGUCAGAGAGGUCUCUGGAGGAUGAGAUUAACCGGACAACAGCGGAGGACAUCCCCAUCUUUAUGAUCAGCUAUGCUGUCAUCUUUGUUUACAUUGCUGUUGCGCUGGGGGAAUACUCGUCAUGGAAACGUAUACUGGUGGACUCCAAGUUCCUGGUGGGCAUGGGUGGGAUCCUGGUGGUGGCCUCUUCCGUCCUCGCGUCCAUGGGCUUCUACUCCUGGAUCGGGAUUCCGUCUUCGCUGGUCAUUCUGCAGGUCGUGCCCUUCCUGGUGCUCGCUGUGGGAGCAGACAACAUAUUCAUCUUUGUCCUGGAGUACCAGAGGGACGAGCGAAGGCCCGGUGAAAAACGAGAGGAGCAAAUUGGCCGGGUUCUUGGAAACGUGGCUCCCAGCAUGCUCCUGUGUAGCCUGUCAGAGUCUAUCUGCUUCUUUCUGGGGGCCCUGUCCACGAUGCCGGCGGUCAAGACCUUCGCUCUGUAUGCCGCUCUGGCCGUGCUCAUGGACUUCAUCCUUCAGGUCACAGCCUUCGUGGCGCUGCUCUCCCUCGACGCCCGGCGCCAGGACAACAACCGCUGUGAAGUCCUCUGCUGCGUCACCGUGUCCACUCAGCGCCCCAAAAAGCGCAGCGAGGGCUUCCUGCUACCCUUCAUGAGGAAGUACUACGCACCUGUGCUGCUGCACAGCUACACCAGGAUCGUAGUGAUGUUGGUUUUCAUCUUCAUGCUUUGUGGAUCUUUAUUCCUCAUGUUCAACGUCACAGUCGGUCUGGAUCAGGAGCUCGCCAUGCCUCAGGGCUCUUACAUGUUGGACUAUUUCAAUUAUCUGUACAAAUACUUUGAAGUCGGAGCUCCUGUUUACUUUGUAACAAAGAAGGGCUUCAACUUCAACUCAUUGGACGGGAUGAACGCCGUGUGCUCCAGCGUGGGCUGCGAUCAAUUCUCUCUGACCCAGAAAGUCCAGUAUGCGACCAGUUACCCUGAUCGAUCUUACCUGGGGAUCCCCUCCAACUCUUGGGUGGAUGAUUUCAUCGAUUGGCUCAACCCUGGAUCGAAAUGUUGUCGCUUGUACACGGAAGGUCCAGACAUCGGGAAGUUCUGUCCCGCGUCUGAAUCUGUUUACAGGUGCGACAGUAAAUGUAUGAAGGCUCCCCAAGACGGCGUCCUGAGGCCCAACGUGACACAAUUCCAGCGUUUCCUCCCCGACUUCCUGGGUAACAGACCUGACCUGCAGUGUCCUAAAGGAGGCCUGGGAGCGUACGACACGGCCGUGGUCAGGGACGAGAGUGGAGAGAUUAUAGCCUCUCGGUUUAUGGCGUAUCACACACCUCUGAAAAACUCUCAGGAGUUCACCGCUGCUCUGCUCAAGUCCAGAGAACUGGCUUACAACAUCACGCUGAGCAUGAGGAACGUCUCGGGAACCUCGCCUGACUUUGAAGUCUUUCCAUACACGGUGACUAAUGUGUUUUAUGAGCAGUACCUGACCAUCGUGCCUGAAGGACUCUUCAACAUCUCCCUGUGUUUGCUGCCCACCUUCGUCGUGUGCUGUCUCCUGCUGGGUCUGGACCUGCGCUCCGGUCUGCUCAACCUGCUCACCAUCGUCAUGAUCAUCGUGGACACGGUGGGCGUGAUGACGCUGUGGAACAUCGACUACAACGCCGUGGCUCUCAUCAACCUGGUCACGGCCGUGGGCAUCUCCGUGGAGUUUGUGUCUCACAUGACGAGGUCGUUUGCUCUCAGUAUCAAAGGCACACACGUGGAGAGAGCCAAGGAGGCCACAGCUAACAUGGGCACCGCUGUAUUUGCUGGCGUUGCUAUGACAAACCUCCCCGGCAUUCUCGUGCUGGCGUUGGCCAAAGCUCAGCUCAUCCAGAUCUUCUUCUUCCGGCUAAACUUGGUCAUCACACUUCUUGGGAUGGCUCACGGACUCAUCUUCCUCCCCGUGCUGCUCAGCUACUUCGGUCCCGGUGUGAACAAGGCCGUGCUGCUGCAGAUCCAGCAGGACAAAGCCAAGGCCAGUCAGGAGCUGGAGACGAGGAGCAACAUGAGACAAGUUUACGACAACAUCAGCUUUGACGACAGCGAGACGAAGCAGGAGCCGAGCUCCAAACAGGCGGUGAAGGACACCAGCGCACCCUCAACAGUCACGAAGAAAGACGAGCUAGUGGAUCGCUUCUGAGCGGAGGAGGAGGAGGAGGAGGAGGAGGAGGAGGACGAA